UAAUAAUUAAAAAAAAUACAUUUAAUCCAUGUAACUUCACUGUGUAUUUAAAGGCCGUAUAUCUAAAACAUUUAAACGGACAAACUCAGACUUAAAACUGCAUCUAUAUUGUGUAUCUUCGUCGAGCUAUUUUAAAGGGUUAUUUAUUAUAAAUAGUUCGGUGUAAAAUGAAUACAAAUAAAGCAACAUUAUUGUUUCAGUAAGCCCAUGUAGCCUAUUUAUGAGAAGACUAAGCGACCUGAAUAUAUAAAGUAUAGGCUGUAUAAAAGCGCACAUUGUCGAAAUGUCUAAUAGGGCAGAUUUGCGUGCACUGAGUAAGCUACAGGCCGAGACAUCAAAUAAAUGCUAAAGAUGUGUAUAAUUUAGCCGCUAGCAUUAAAUUAAACACGUUGGCUAUUUCGUUUUGAAAAUUGCCAAAUAACUCUUUUCCAAAUGACGGGCCUACUUGUAGGCUAACUUUGGUAAGCUAUUACCCAUUUCUAAUGCAGGGCGAAGAGUAUAAAGGUUUAAGAUUCUCGGGUUGCUUUCCGGCUUAACCUGAGACAUUUAACGAUUUAAGUAUUUAAUAAAUGGUUAUCACAAAAGUUGUGGUUUUAUAGCCAAUGCUAUACCGUUAAUGUAACAAUACGCUACUUAUGCUAAAACCCCUUUUCUGCUCAGUAUGUUUCAGUUUAUUCGAGGCCAUUUAUUCUUGGCCGAGCAGCCUAGACUGCAUCCUAUUUGACUGAGUAAAUUUGACUAUAUUUGACUGUGUUAAUUGAGUUAAUUGAAGUGAGUGAAGCAGGGAUCUUGGCGAAUUCUACUGUAAUCGGCUGCUCUAUUUUGCAUUUGAAAAACCAACCAAACAAACAAAGAAUCAAACAAAAACAAUAUCAGCUAAAGGAAAAAGACAUAUUGCCUAAUUUUUAAUCUUUAAUUCCCUCACAUUUUUCAGACUAUUUAUUUUCUUAAGACCAUACAAUUAGACUGAACCACUGGACAUUAAGAAUCAUUAUGUUAUUAAACUGUUAUUAGUCUACUCAAACUGUUAUUAGUCUACUUAUUGAAUGUAAUGAUCAAUAAAUUGCUACUCCAGUGUUGUCCUUCUUCUACAUCACCUCUUUUGUAUCACGGCAUUAUAUAGCUAGAAUGAGAGAGAACAACACAGGCAGUGUCUGUUUUACUUUGUCUACAGAGCACGAAUAUUAAGUAGACUAUAAUACCUGAUGUCACUCUGGGUUUAGAUGAGACAGCCUAAUGUGUUUUAACUCCAUCUGGAAAGUGUUAAGCGGAUUGAUUUAGCAAACCGAAAUAUGAACUUCAAAUAGGGAGGGCGAAUUAUUCAUCACACUGUGGACAACUUCUAGCCUAUUGAUGAAAAAGAUAUAUUUUUAAUUCUUUAAAAUCAGCCGACCUAAAAUAGCCCUUUAGAUGAUAGCCUAAAAUCAGAGGUUUUAACUGAGUUUAGAAAUUACUUACAGGCCAUUUGAAGGUAGGGAUAUCCUAUUUUCUGAUAGCCUAUGUUACCUCCAAGCAGUCUAUUAGCGUCGGGCGAACGUUUAUCCAUUACUUUAACGUAAUUGACGGAAAUCUGUCCUAGCAAAAUCACUUCCUAUGUAGUUCAGUAGGCUACGUAAGUAGUCUGUGUGGCUCCUUACCUUGUGUGUGUGUGUGUGUGUGUGUGUGUGUGCGUGUGUGUGUGUGCGUGCGUGCGUGCGUGUGUGUGUGUGUGUGUGUGUGUGUGUGUGGAAUGGAUGGGCGGUGCUGCCUCGGGCCCCCGUUAACGGAGAGGCUGGGAUUCUGGCCCCGGGGCGGAUACGGCAGCUCGAUUUUAACAAACAGCGCAAAACAGGGGGGUGGAGGAGAGACCAGAUUACAGGACGACAGAAAACAAACACUCACUUAAAGAGCACUCACUUUCGACACCACUUAAGGUGAUUUUAAUCACGUUAUUUUUUCAUAAGGCUACUCAGCAGGGUCUCCUUCAACUCGCAGUGCGCUCUGCUCGGCGGCUUUGUGGACAGAAGAUGCCCGGGCGAUUCUUCCCUCAGAUGAUCGGUUUGGCUGUGUGGUGGUCAUUUCUAAUCCAGUCUCCGAUCUAUUUCGCCAGUGCUUCCUACCGGCGACACGUACCUACCGCUGAGAAGAGACAGAAUUUUCUGGAGAGAACUCUGAUUUUACUGGACGUUAAUACGCGAAGCCCGGUGCGGGUUUUGAACGACAACUUCUUAUCGCUGCAAGUGGACCCGUCUAUCCUGAAGAACGGCUGGCUAGACUUCUUAAGUUCCAAGCGAUUAGUAACUUUGGCUAGAGGACUUUCUCCAGCUUAUCUGCGGUUUGGGGGAAAGAGGACAGACUUUCUCCAGUUUCAUAACCUGAAGAAUUUAGCCAAGUUUAGAGGACCAGGACCAGACUAUUACCUCAAGAAUUAUGAGGAUGACAUAGUGCGAAGUGACAUUGCCCUGGAUAAACAAAAGGGCUGUAAGCUGGCCAGUCACCCUGACAUGAUGCUGGAGCUGCAAAGGGAGAAAGCGGCUCAGAUGCAACAAGUUCUACUGAAAGAGCAGCUCUCUAACCUCUACAGCGAUGUCACAAUAACAGCCAGGUCUUUAGACAAACUGUACAAUUUUGCUGACUGCGCCAGCCUGCACCUGAUCUUUGGGCUCAAUGCCCUACAUCGGAAUCCUGACAACUCAUGGAAUGCCUCCAGUGCAUUGAGUUUGUUAAAGUAUAGUGCUGGCAAGAAGUAUAACAUAUCCUGGGAGCUGGGCAAUGAGCCCAACAGUUACCGCACCAUGGUAGCUCGUUCAGUCAACAGCAGUCAACUGGCUCAGGACUACAUUAUGCUGAAGACACUGCUGCAGUCUGUCCGCUACUACAGUCGGGCCAAUCUCUAUGGUCCCAACAUUGGCCGUCCUCGCAAAAACGCAAUCCUGCUACUGGAUGGGUUCAUGAAGAACGGUGGUUCUGUUGUUGAUGCAGUUACGUGGCAACAUUUUUACAUUGAUCGGCGUGUUACUAAAGUGGAGGACUUUUUGAAGACACGUCUUCUGGACACCCUGACAGACCAGAUUACAAAGGUGUUAAAGAUUGUGAAGAUGCAUGCUCCCGAGAAGAGGGUGUGGUUGGGAGGAGUUGGUCCUGCAUGGGCUGGAGGCAUCAGCAAUUUGUCAGACACAUUUGCAGCUGGACUAUUGUGGCUAAACACUCUUGGCAUUUCUGCAAUGCAAGGAAUUGAUGUAGUACUUCGACACUCUUUUUUUGACUAUGGUUACAGCCAUCUAGUGGAUCAGCAAUUCAAUCCUCUACCUGAUUACUGGCUGUCUCUGCUCUUUAAGCGUUUGGUGGGUCCCAGGGUGCUGGCAGUGCAAGUUGCUGGGCUCCAAAGGAAGCCGCGUCCAGGGAAGGUGAUCCGAGACAAGUUACGCAUCUACGCACACUGUACAAGCUUUACCAAUCACAAUUAUGUCAGAGGCUCCAUAACAAUCUAUAUUAUCAACUUGCAUCGGUCGAGAAAGAAAAUAAAGCUGGCUGGGACAUUACGAAAUAAAACAGUUCAUCAAUACCUGUUACAACCCUUUGGAGCUGAUGGUCUUCACUCAAAGUCUGUGCAGCUGAAUGGAGAACAUUUGUUAAUGUUAGACAGUGACACUUUCCCUGAGCUGAAACCACGGACACUCAGAGCAGGACGAACAAUACUCAUGCCCCCGGUCUCCAUCGGUUUUUACGUCAUCAAGAAUAUCAAUGCAUAUGCCUGUCGCAGAUAAUACACAUUCAGAUUCUUGUCCAUCUGAAAAGGAACUGCCCUUCAUGUAAGCAAGGGUUGCACUGAAUCCCUUUCAACAAAUAUCCCUUCUUUUCAUUCUACAAGACCAACACUGUUUCUGAAAAUGCAUUGAUUUUUCUCCUGCAUUUUUCUGCAUCCAUCUGUCACUUUGGUUUGUAGUGUUUCUUGUAUUUUGGGGGAUGUCAAGAAGAGAUGUCUUAAAUCAAUCCAGUGCCCUGGGUUUGUUUAGUCUAGAUGUCUCAUUGUGUUUGGAAUGCUGGUCAUCCUUUAGGAUAAUCUAAUAUUAACUAUUAUUAACUAAAAUAAAAGUUAUAAAAGAAAGAUAUAAAAUAUUAGAACACUAGUUGUGAUACUAGAUGCUGUAUGUUGUGGUAGAUAACAUUACCGUUCACUCCCUGCAGUAAAUAAAUACUUAGCCAUGGGCAGAUCUUUAUUUUCUCUGUACAACAUGCAAAUCCUUGUCACCUUAAAAAGUUCAACAGUUUAGCACAGAGUAAUAUUAUUUUUAUUUCAAAUUGGUAACUGGACAUAGAACCUAAACUACAAAUGUGACAAAAGAAAGUAUAUUUAAUGUCUGUUUAGCUCAGGAAAUGAGUAAAGAUAUCCUCUUAUUUUAUUUAGUCUGUUUAUUGCUUCUCUCUCAUCAUACUGUACAUUAUUGGUUCUAUACCUGUGCAUGUUAUCCAAACAGACACACACAUUGUACACUGCCAUAACACUGUAAGCCUUUAUUUCAUCUGAUUUAUCUUUAUCUAUCGUCUAUCUCAGGCUCGAUAAAAAUCUAUUUUCGAACUGUACUCAGCACUACCUUAUAGAGUAUACUGUGUAAACAAAUGUACAGACAAUCCUUUGUGCUGCUAGACGUUUGGUGAAUAUUAAGGUUGAUGAGUAACAAAUUAUUUGUAACAGAUAUGAGCAUAAUUGUUCUGUGUACAUAUGUUUAUCAUAGAUGUUUUGGUGUGUGCUGUUUCUUUACAUAUAUUAUUUAUAGAAAUAUAUAUUUGUAUAUAUUUUAACCUGUUGAGAUGAAAUAUCAAAUAUUUAGUUCAAUAAAUUGUUAUCAUUUAUUUCUUUAUUAUUAUUAUUAUUAUUAUUAUUAUUAUUAUUAUUAUUAUUAUUAUUGUUAUUAUUAUUAUUAUUAUUAUUAUUAUUAUUAUUAUUAUUAUUUUAUUUGUAAAGCAUAUAAGAGCCCUUCACAAGUAGGGACUUAUUUAGCCAAGAAAUGCAACUGUCAUAAUGAAUUCGAAGGUACAUACUGUUUCUAUAUAAUGUUUUUCAAUUUCCUCUUAUUCUGAUUAUAAGUUUUUACGAGAUAAAUUGUCUAAUUAUAUUGUUCAAAUUGGAGCUGAGAGACUCCUGGUUGCUGGUUUUGUAACUAGCUCAUAAGAGUUAAAAAGGUGAAAUGAUAUGAAUCCAUGUUUGAAAGUAUUCUUUCACUCAAACAUACUUGUUAAUCAUAUGAAGUGUUUUUAUUUGCUGAUAACCUCCAGUCAUUUCAUGUUGGUAUUUAAGUAAGCAUCUUUAAGUACUUUGUUGAUACAUAGCACAAAAACAAUGUUAACACAGCCUGGUUCACUACUGGGUUUGUCUUUAGGCAAGGUCAGUGCCUGAAGUUGUAUAAUAGCAAACUUUUUGUUUACUGAUUAUUGGGAGUUGUUAAUAUUUUAUUCUUUUGCCAGAGCAUUGUUUUAUUCUGUGAAAUGUCUAUAUGUGAACAUUAUUUGCCUAAAUAUAUUUACAGUAAUAAAAUAAUAAU